AUGUCGUUGAAGCCCGCACCGAAGCUUCCCCCAGGCGCGAACCGCAUCCUCUUCGUCAAGAAUUUGAACUACCAAAUUACUGGAGAGGACCUGUACGACCUCUUUGGCCGUUAUGGCCGUAUUCGUCAAAUACGGAUAGGCAAUGAACAGAAGACGAAAGGAACGGCAUUUGUCGUCUUUGAGGAUGUCAUGGAUGCGAAGAACGCGCUGGACCACUUGAAUGGUUUCCACUUGCAGGAGCGCUACAUCGUCGUGCUAUAUCACAUGCCGGAAAAGCAGAACGCUGCGCAGGCCAAGUUAGAGCUGCAGCAAAGAGAAGAGGAGCUAGAGAAGUUGAAGCAGAAGCAUAACAUCCCUGACGAGUGA